AACCGAAGAUAAGAAACUUUUUGGAAACCGAACCGAGGACAAAAGAAACUUCUUGGAAACAAGCCAUCCCUCGUCUCGCUUCCGAUCACGAGCCAUCGUGCCCUUUCUGUUCGUUUUCGAUCUCUCCCAAUCUCCAUCGUAUCAGGAUCAUCGGUUAUAAAUUCGCUUGUUUAGCGGGUUGAUUUUGCGCUGGAAAUUCGUUCUAGGCCUUAUGAAUUCCGUCGAUGGUUUAUUCUACCCGCUGUUCACUUUAGGUGUACAGACAACUGAAAGAUGAUACUGCUAGGGUUUAUGCAUACCAGAUCAAUUAACGUUACUCCGAUUGGGAUGUCAGACUUAAUUUUGCCUGGUGUUCAUGUGGUUUUCGUUUGUCGAGAUGUGGUUGUCAGCUUUAUAUCUGCAUUCAGAUGAUUUUCGAUGCUUGAAAUUGUCAAUAGGGUUUAGGAAUGCCUAUUGAUAGGUCUGUUUUGUGGUAAGGGCUCCUCAUUUGUUGAAUUCAAAUGGCAUCUAGACGAAAUGCACGAUACACACAGCUUCCGGGUGAUGAAGAUGAAGAUGGAUUUGCCAAUGGUGGUGGAAGGAGAACUUUUGAUCCCAGAUUUGAUUAUAUGCCAAAAGCGCUUAAUAGAGUGCCAUGGAAAUCCAUAGCACUAGCAGUGUUUCUUCUACUCCUCGGUUGCUUGCUUCUCUUCCUUGCAUUUUUCAUCUUUACUGGUCACAUGGAAGGAGACAGCUCGCAGGGUUAUGCACUCCUUGUCCUUGGAGUCCUCACUUUCCUCCCUGGCUUCUACGAAACCCGGAUUGCUUACUAUUCAUGGAGGGGUGCCGAAGGCUAUAAUUUUGCUGCCAUUCCAGGUUACUGAAAAACUCGAACACAGCCAUGAUAUUUUCUUGUUUCCCACUUUCCCGGAGUUGGAGAAUUCAAGGAAAAUCUGUGCAUAGAAAGUUGGUUUUGUUGUUGAUAAGUGAGUAAUGGGGAAUGUAGUUCAGGUUUGAAGACUAAUCAUCAUCACCCAGAUGCUCUUUUGUAUACUUGAAGAAUCUGAGAUCUGGCUUUGUUAGUUGAGAUGGAUUCUUUUUAGAUCUCAAGAUUGUGUGUGUGUGUUUGUCUGUGUGUUUUCUGUUGAUCCAAAUUUUGAUUUUUGUACCCUUAUUUUGUUACAUGUGUUAUGUGCUGUUAAAUCCUCCUCUUAUAUGUCUGUAUGGUAUCUUAAUGUUAAAUACCCGAAUUUUGGAUA